AUGGCACAGCAUCCAACGACAAAAAGCGUUCCAUCACUGGUAGCAGGAGUGACACUUAGUGCAGGCUUCGGCUUUGCGGGCUAUCUGCUCCAAAAGGGCGAGACGACCGACGGACAUGGUGUGGCACUGCUUGUGUCCUCUAUUACCAUGGGUGCUAUGGGUUUGCGUGCAAUGCGCACGAAAAAGACACUCCCUGCUUCAAUCGCGUCGCUUGGGGCAGUAUCGACCGCUUAUCAUGCGCAUUGUUUUACGAAUUGGCUUGGUCAGGAGUAA